CAGUUUUUGGAACUACUAUACAAUAGAUACAUACACGACCACAUUAUAUUCACUUGGUGAAAGAAGAAACAUCUCAGAAAAACAGCAAUUCAGAUCAGAUGGAAACUGUCGGCGAUGAUGUUGUUGUGGUUAUGGUGCCUCUUCCAGCCCAAGGCCAUCUGAACCAGCUUCUUCAGCUCAGCUGCUUAAUCUCCUCCUCCUAUGGCCUCCCAGUUCACUAUAUUGGAUCUUCCAUCCAUAACCAACAAGCUAGAGUUCGGGCCAACGGAUUAGACCGCAACAAACUAGCCGGAAUCCAUUUCCAUGAUCUUCCUGUUCCCGAAUUCGACUGCCCUUCUCCCAACCCCAACGCGUCUGUUAGGUUCCCGGCGCAUUUGCAGCCGGCGUUCGACGCUUCGAAGCUUCUCCGCCACCCCAUUGCCGGCGUUCUGCGCGAGCUGGCGGCGAAAGCCAGAAGAGUUGUGAUUAUUCAUGACAAUUUGAUGGCUUUGGUUGUUCAGGAUGUGGAAUCAAUCAGUAACGCUGAGUCCUACGCGUUUAAUUGCUUAUCGGUUUUCUCUUUACUGUCCUUCAUUCACCAUGGAUUGGGAAACCAAAUCGCCAUGGAAGGAGUAGAGGAAAUGCCCAGUGUGGAAGGAUGCAUGACGGAGGGCUUUGCCAUGUUUGUAGCGGCUCAGGAAGAGUAUAUAAAGUUGAGAAGUGGAGAUAUUCAUAACUCCAAUAGGUUGAUUGAAGGUCCAUUUAUUGAUUUAUUGGAGAAGGAUGGAUAUGUGGAGAAGAUGAAGGAAUGGUUUAUUGGUCCUAUGCUCCCAGGCGUGAUCUCAUCAAACAAACAGAACCCAUGCUUAUCUUGGCUUGACCAGCAACCUCAAAACUCUGUCUUGUUUGUUUCGUUUGGUACGAUGACUUCAAUCUCGGACGAGGAGGUGAGGGCGCUGGCUACGGGGUUGGAGCUGAGCAAACAAAAGUUUUUAUGGGUGUUAAGGGAUGCAGAUAAAGGGAACAUCUUUUCCGGGAAAUCAAGGAGGGUUAUUGAGCUGCCGGAAGGGUUUGAAGAGAGGGUUAAAUUAAAAGGGGUGGGGUUAGUGGUCCGAGACUGGGUGCCCCAACCCGAGAUCCUGAGCCAUCGGGCCACAGGAGGGUUCAUGAGUCACUGCGGAUGGAAUUCAUGCAUGGAAAGUAUUACUCUGGGCGUUCCAAUGGCUGCCUGGCCCAUGCACUCCGACCAGCCAAUGAACAGUUUUCUGGUGGCCGGAAUACUGAAAACCGGCCUGAUUGUAAGGGAAUGGGGGGAACGCCAUGAGGUGGUGAAGUCAUCUGGGAUUGAGAAUGUGGUGAGGAGACUUAUGGGGUCUAAGGAAGGAGAUGAGAUGAGAAAGAGAGCUCAAGAAUUUGGGGAAACCAUUAGAAAAUCAGCACAAGAAGGAGGUGCUUCUCGCAUGGAACUCGACUCUUUCAUUGCCCAUAUCACCAGAUAGACAUGCACUGUUCGUUUUUACUGUAUAAUUUUACAUUCUGUUAUGCAUUAUAUUGCAUGUAACCGUACCGUGCUCUUCAAUAAUGCUGCGCUUUCUCAACAGUCAUCAUAGCUCACAAGCUUUAAAGUUGUUUGUUUUUUUAUGAUAUA